AUCCCGGUGCGACACUUCAAGGAAGGCAAGCGAAGGACACGGUUGAGUUUAUACAUGCAUCUGCUAGCAAAAACGACACACUUAAACAUAAAUUACUGAACCUGUCAUCCCGUUGUAAACGUAAAAAGGGUUAAAGUUAAACAGGCUAAUUUGAACCUCCAUUCCAUGCCCGUGCGAUUGAAGACGUUACGCAUACUGCUGUGUUGAAUUAGAGGCAGUUACAUUUACGCAAUUUAGGAGGUUUCGCCCAUUCAUUGCUCCAAUAGCAGGUGGAUUUGGAAUUGGAUGGUCAGAGAUCGUUACCGCUUUGGUGGUUUUUGUAAGUAUAAAGCCGUCACUAAGACAUGGAUGUGUCUUCUUUCUAAGUGAUAAGAAUGGCAUCGGAGGCUACGGUCUCUACACCUGUUCCCAUAAACAACCCUGUCCAGAGAGACUAUUACUGGGUUCGAUCUUUUGUAGCUGGAGGUGUAGCAGGAUGUUGUGCCAAAUGUACAAUCGCCCCUCUGGACAGAGUAAAGAUUCUUCUUCAGGCCCAGAAUCCCCACUACAAACACUUAGGUGUGAUCGAAACGGUCCUCGCUGUCCCGAAGAAAGAGGGCUUCCUUGGUUUCUACCGGGGCAACGGUGCCAUGAUGGUCAGGAUAUUCCCCUAUGGAGCCAUCCAGUUCAUGGCUUUUGACAAUUACAAGAAGCUACUGAGUAAACGUCUUGGGAUCUCCGGCCACAUCCACCGCCUAGUGGCAGGGUCGAUGGCAGGGAUAACUGCAGUGAUAUUCACAUACCCCCUGGACGUCGUCCGUGCCAGGCUGGCCUUCCAGGUCAAGGGAGACCAGCGCUAUACCGGCAUUGUCAACGCCUUCCAGACCAUCUACCAUAAGGAAGGGGGUGUACCUGGGUUCUACAGAGGACUCGUCCCUACUAUUAUUGGCAUGGCUCCUUAUGCAGGUUUCUCGUUCUUCACCUUCGGCACCUUGAAGAGCCUUGGCCUGAAACACUUCCCUGAGAGCCUGGGCCGACCGUCCUCAGACAACCCAGAGGUGCUGGUCCUGAAACCCCACGUCAACCUGCUGUGUGGAGGCGUGGCCGGCGCCAUCGCUCAGACCAUAUCAUAUCCCUUGGACGUGGCGAGGAGGAGAAUGCAGCUGGGGACCGUGCUUCCGGACUCUGAGAAGUGUUGCUCACUGAGCAAGACCCUGAAGUACGUCUACAACACCUACGGUGUGAAGAAGGGACUGUACCGAGGCCUGUCUCUCAACUACAUACGGUGUGUGCCUUCCCAGGCGGUCGCCUUCACCACCUACGAGUUCAUGAAGCAGGUCCUUCACCUCAACUAGUGGUCCCACCCUGGGACAAAGAAGCCUCACGGACAUUCUUUCAUUUUUUCUCUCCAUGGCAUUAUGCAGAAUCAAAUUCUAUAAGCUUUGGACCCUCUUGGAUCAAGGCCCAUUCACAGGUUUAUUUGGGAGUGUCAGUCCUGCACUCUGGUUGAGCUCAUUACGCUGCGUUCAGUCACGGUAGACAGCAGGGCCAUCCAGGGUUUGAACAUUGUAACUUUUUGUUGGAAGGACUUUACAGCGGAACGUUUAGUAGCUCCCUCACACAAGAAGAAAACACCGCCGAUCUGGACAGUGGAAGCUAGCAAUAUGGGAUUUCAUAGCCACAUGUUUUACAAGAAUAUUUGUUUCAAGUAAUAGACACAAAAUAAUUAUUUAAUAUAUUUGAGUUCACCAUAGCAACAUAGCGCCUUGCUUGUUUCGUUUUGGUUCCAGGAUAUGUCGUCCGUCUGCCUGAUUCCACGUGAACACAGCAUUGAUAGUACAAGUGGGCUGCACACAAGGUACGGUUAUGGACACGGUGUUGUGUACCAGAGGAACCCCAGUGAUGUGUUCUUGGUGAGCCUUUGGCCUCAAGUGUAAGCCGCUUCCCAUUCAUCGGACUUCACAUUGGCCCGCAGCAAAUGGUUUUGCUCUGCUGCUGCCCCCUUUCUUAAUUUAUUGAAAUUAUUCAAAGUAAAUAAUUUUCAGCCUAAUGUUCAGAACGGUGGCUUGGUUUCAGCCAGAUCUGUGUGAUGGACGGAUGGGUUGCUAUGGAUACGGCAGGGAUAAACCGUUGCGAAUGGCCUAGCGCCAUGCCGACGGAUGAUGUGGGUUUGUGCUCUAUGAGUCGCACAGUCCAGACCAAGCCAAGGUCUUCCACAACCGGCCAUAAUGUGUUGUAGGAACACUUAUACAAUAACACCUGAUUUAGCAUUUAGGUUUGUACUAACUUGAUGAUGACUAGUUUGAAAGAUUGCAGGAUGUCCAUUCCUCAUUUAAGGAGGUGUUUUUGUGUUUGUGUGUGUGUGUGUGUGUGUGUGUGUGUGUGUGUGUGUGUGUGUGUGUGUGUGUGUGUGUGUGUGUGUGUGUGUGUGUGUGUGUGUGUGUGUGUGUGUGUGUGUGUGUGUGUGUCAUCUUGAUGAAACGCUGGCAGAGAUUUAGGGUCCAAUAGCUUUCAGACAUAUUAUUGUGGCUUCUGAAAGUUUAAUCAAUUUAGUUUCAGGGUCUUUAUCUCCAUCUCACGUAUAACACUUUUAUUUGCAAUAAGAGUUUCAUAAUACAGGGAAUCUUUGGACAAACUUUCAUGAGCGAGGGCUGAAUAGACAGUGAACUAUAAAUUUGAACUUAACAAAGAUGUUCGUUCUAUUGCUGACAAAGAUUAAAUAAGUUCUGUAUGGAUGUUUUUAUAUUUUGUGUAUGUAUGUAAUUAUUUUUUUUCUGCAAUGAUCAGGGGUGUUAUUGUUUGUGAUUUGAUGAUGAAGAUGAUGAUGCAGUUUGUGGUGGGACUAUGUUGAUAUGCUGUCAUAGCGGUUGAAUUACAUUAUUUUAGUCAAAAGGAUUGGAGAGAAAUGAUAGAUUUGCACUUCAACACAACGUCUCCAGCCUUGUUCUUUUUAUUUAUUGACUUGGCAAACUGUAGCCACUGAGUGGCAGUGUUUAAUAUAGAUGGCGUUUACUAUCAAGAGAUUAUUGAACAAAUGUUUCAGUUGUGUCAGUUAACAAAAAACAAGGAGCAUGGACUGAUAGUGGUACAUAGGCCUCUUAUUUACCCUUGAUAACGAACGUCAGAACAGUGGCGGCGGGUAAGGUGAGGUCGUCUGUAAUAGGCACAUAUGGCAGUGAAUGUACUUUAUGUUGUCCAAAUGUAUGUACACAUUUUCAGUGUAGAGUUUGUAAACGUCAUCAGCUGAUUGCAAGCAGCGAGUUUUAGAUCAAUGAAUGAUCUUAAUCAGACUUAGUCCUUAAGUCUAACUUGACAUACUACAGCAUAGAAUUAUGUCAUGAUCAGUCUGUCCGUUAUCCAUUUCUGAAAAUUGGUUUAUCAAUUUAUUUUCCGGUUGGCAUACUAAGAAAACUGUCAUACUGUCAAGUGCAUUCUGUUAUUUUAGUUGAUUUCAGUUUUUUCUUGUUUGAAUUGUAUGUAGGCCUAUUAAAAUGGAUGGUUGAAAUUUCUUUGCAUGUAAAAUGCAAUUCAAAAGAAGAAUUUUGUUUUUCAAUGAUGUUUUGAUUUAAGGCAAUGCCAUCACACCAGCAGUGUGAGGUUGUUAGAAAUAAUGGUAUAAUAUAACAUUUGAAGGCUCAGGACUAAGGUUUUUUUAGCUAUAGCACAGUGUUUAUUGUUUUUUUUUUUAGGGUUAGCAACUAGUUUUCAGUGUAGCUCCUAAAAUUGUUAUGGUGCUUUUAAGGUUUAAAAAGAUCCAAUUAGGUAUUUUAGCAAAUCAAUGGUUGGAGCAUGUUUACAAGAGUCCUCUGCUUAAAACCGACUAACCUUUCUGAUCAACCAAUUGAUUUAAUAAGGGGCUGUUGUAUGAUAUGGAAUUUUUUCAUAGUCUUAAUGGAAUCACAUUGGCCAUAGAUGACUGUAUAAGAGUCAUUUGCGAUCGGAUACAUUACAAAUAGACCUGUGUCUUGUGCCAGCUUACGCCUCUACAGCAAGUUAAUGUUUACCUUCAUCUUUCAUUCUGGUGGUGCAAUAAUUUCAGUCAACCAACUUACAUGGAAGAUUUUCAACAUAUUUCAAAUAGCAAUGUUGUGUGAUAGUUAAUUUUGUUCUUUUUUUUUAAUCCUACCAAUGCGACUUUGUUUUGCUUUGACUGCUCAUUGUAAACACUUAUUUUGGGAGAAAUUAAUCAGGUUUAAAAUAGCCUAAAUGUAAAUGUCCAUCAUGGUUGGAUGUAGUUCUUAAAAGCAGCAGUGUUGGAACAAUCACCAAUCAAUAAAAUGCCUUCCAAUA